UUCCAUUCCAUUCGAUUCGCGUACACACUGCAUAUAGCGCGCGCAUACUGAUAUUGCUGACUGGCGCUACAGAAAGGAUGACAUUUCGCACCGAAACUGACCCAAUAUUCUUACCAAAACAAACAUGUUAGACCGAAAUUUAAUGGGAUUUCUCUUCGCCAAGUCCAAGUUUAGGACACAGUCAUGCUGUCGUCUGAUUUUUAUAUGCCUAGUUUUGUGUUUAAUGGUUGAACUAUGUUGGUGUAGCUGUGACUGCUAUCGUGGAGUUUGUAGCGAGAAUGGUGCGUGUGAGUGCGACGAAGGCUGGACGGGCGAUCGGUGUGAUCACUGCGGCGGUAGAGCACGAUUGGAAGCAUCAACAGGCACAAUUCAUGACUCGCGAGGGCAGUAUAACACGGACACGACAUGUGUCUGGUUGGUGGAUAGUGGCAUGCCAGGUACGAGUAUCAGCUUAUAUCUAGAGAGUUUUGCUACUGAGUGCAGCUGGGAUUAUCUCUACAUAUUCGAUGGAGACUCCAUUUAUGCUCCAUUAGCCGCAGCUUUUAGUGGACCCAUACGCUAUAACAAUGUCGACAUCGUACAUGAAGUCACUACCACAUCAGGCUAUGCUUUCCUGUACUUCUACAGCGAUGCUGCUUUUAAAUUUGAAGGUUUUAAUAUAACCUACAGAGUGGAUGGCUGUCCUAUGGGAUGUUCCAAUCAUGGUGUGUGUCAUCCGGUGUAUAAAAACUGUACCUGUGACCCCCAAUGGACUGGUUACGCCUGUGACACACCGGCAUGUCCCGCUAACUGUAGCGACAAUGGGGAAUGCAGUAUCAGCCAGAAGAUAUGUGUGUGUAGACCGGGAUUUAAAGGAUCAGAUUGCAGUAUGGUAUCAGAUGAAGGUUAUUGGCAAGUUGAGGAAGACAAAGCAUAUGGUAGAGCAUCAGCUGCAGUGGUUCAACAAGACAAUAUAGUCUGGGUCGUCGGUGGCUAUGAGUUUGACAACAAACACAACAUCACAAUUGUCAGAUACAAUGUAGCCGAUGGAUCUUCAGAAGAAAUAACUCAACUUGGAAACAUUCCACGAACAAGAUACGGUCACACGGCAGUUCUUUAUGAGGAUGCCAUUUACAUGUAUGGAGGCUCACUUCACGGGAGUCAAGUUGUUGGUGAACUGCAUGUAUUCAACAUUACGUCAUCUACAUGGAUGUCCAAUGUAACGUUGGAUGGUACUCCCUUACCCGUGGAGGGGCACACAGCGGUCCUGUAUGAAGACACCAUGGUGGUCAUGUUUGGAUAUAGUCCCAAGUAUGGCUACCUCAGCGUGGUUCAGGAGUAUAACUUUAUCAACCAAACUUGGACCAUAGCCAGAACAACAGGUGCACAACCUCUUGGAACGUAUGGUCACUCCAGCGCCAUGGAUCCAAUCAGGAAUAUAGUCUACAUCCAUGGAGGAUUUGUGCCCACAGCUGCCCAGACUGAUUUGACAGACGACCUGUAUCAGUAUGACUUAGCUAAGAAGGAAUGGCGUGUCUUACCAUCCAGCCUUCAGCCCAGGUUUCUACACUCGGCAGUCAUUCUCAACGACAUCAUGUUUGUGUAUGGCGGCAAUACACACACAGACUCAGUACAGUACACGGGAGCAAAAUGUUUCUCCAAUGACUUCUUGGCUUAUCAUAUCAGCUGUCAAUCAUGGAGUACUAUUCCUUCAGACGCGACUAUAUCUCCGGAUAUCCCACGAUAUGGCCAUGCGUCGUUUGUUUACGACGAUAACAUCUUCAUCUACAGUGGUUUCACAGGAGUGAUGCAAGAUAACAUCGUUGUUUACCACCCAGGUAACUGCUCGGCGCGUACCAAUGAAACUCUCUGCCUGGAGAUCACACCUGGAUUGUCAUGCCAGUGGGAUGAUGACGAUGACCAGUGUAUACUCAGGGACCAGUUUGAAGUAGAACCAGGGAACACGUCCUCAGAGCAUUGCCCCAACAUUCCAUUGGGUCCAGAUUGCAUUGGGAUUGGUGACUGCACACACUGCCAGCUGGCGCCAGGGUGUGCUUGGUGUAAUAGUGAAUGCAAACACCUGUCGGAGUGCGAUAGCCGGCAUGAUAUCUUCUGUUCGGUCUCUGUAUGUGGCCCGUUUAAGAACUGCAGAUUAUGCAAUGACCAGGAAGGGUGCAGAUGGAAUGAUAACGAGUGUCAGAGUUAUGGCGGAGGUUCUAAAAGUGAUUGUGGCAUCUCCUGUGAUGACAUUUCAAGCUGUCGUUCCUGUCUGGGGGAAGCUUCAUGUAUGUGGUGUAGCAACCAGCAGCGCUGUAUCAACUCCAAUUCCUACAUUACGUCCUUCCCAUAUGGACUGUGCUGGGAGUGGCACACCAAUCAGAAAAACUGCCCAGUGACCAACUGUUCGUUAUAUCAGACCUGCGAUAGUUGCCAUGAAGAUCCACACUGUGGAUGGUGCGACUCGGGUGACAUGACCGGUAUAGGUACGUGCAAAGAGGGCAGUCUAACCGGCCCAGUCAAGGUGGAUGACGCUGGUGACGCAGUGGUGGAUAUGGGACUCUGUCCGGCCGAGAGUUGGUUUUUCUUUGACUGUCCAUCAUGCCAGUGUAAUGGACACAGUCGAUGUGUGAAUGAAACUACGUCCAUAUGUGAAAACUGCCAGAACAAUACCACAGGCCCAGAGUGUGAAAUCUGUGCGGAAGGUUACUUUGGCGACGCGUUAAAUGGUGGUUCCUGCACGCCGUGUGAGUGCAACAAUCAUGGAACAUUGUGUGACAAUUACGGAGGAAGAUGUUACUGUAAUACCAAAGGCGUGACUGGGCCUACCUGUGACAGCUGUGACAUUCAACAAAACUACUAUGGCAACCCUCUAAAUAGUGGAACUUGUUACUAUAAGCUGUCGAUGAAUUACGAGUACACAUUCAACCUGUCUUCCAAUGAUGAUUUGUACUUGACAAUGAUCAAUCUGAUGACAUCGCCCGGUGUCAGCAAUCGCGAUAUCGAGUUCAUUCUUCAAGUCGGCAAAAAUAUCAAUAUGAACAUCACCUACAGAACCAAUGGAAUGCCUGGCAUCGAGCGUGAGAUCGUGUUUAGAGCCAACGUCGAUUAUUACACCACCACCCUGUCCGCCUCGGAUUACAACUUUGAAGAUGAAGCAAAUACAACUUUCUAUGUCUACCUCUCGAACUUCACCGUGCCACUGUCCUUCAAGGUGACAUUCACCCAAGGGAAUGGUCAGCUGAGUUUGAUAUUCUAUAUUCUCUUGUAUUUCAUCAUCACCCUUGUUAUUCUGCUGAGUAUCAUGGGGAUAGUGUGGAGAUUUUACCAACUCUACAUGAACCGAGUCAUAACGCAGAAUCGUGCAGUCGAGCUGGCUGUUAUGGCAAGGCGUCCAUUCGCAACAGUCAAUCUAGUCAUCGAGAAUACCGUGCCGCCGGACAUCGUGGCCGGAACAAAGAAAAAAUACCCCCUCGCAUUUUCAACAGAAAACUGCUCGGAUAGCAAGGCCCAAGUAGCCACUCUUUUUAUGCAAAUGCCCAUGCCGGACGGCGACAAGGUUCCUUACGGUCAGACCAGAUUCUGCCUGGCUUCGGCUCUCGUUCAAGCCAAAGCAAAGAAGGGCGAGCGCAGGAACAGUCAUCAGAAGACGGAGACAAGGGAACCGGUCAGGUCUGAAGCCUGUCUGAACAACGCAUGUACCACCCCUAGUCCACCCCUAGAAGGUAACCCUGAUCCUACGGAUAUGGAUGAAAGAGAUCUGGUCGAAGAACGACCACGACCAGAACUUCACGUCAUCCAAAACCAUUUCCCGGCAUCGUAUGAUAACGCAGCGAUGGUAUAAACUAGACUUGCCUUGUAAGAAGAGAUUGGUAGACUCGAAGUACAAGUUUCAGUUUUUGACUUUCAUCUAAAUCAUUCCUUUUUUCCGUUCCUAAAUGGUCUGAGAAAUUGUACUUAUUGCAGACUUUUUGUUUCUUUAAAUUGUGGCAACAAGAAAAUGCUAGUUCAUGACAUUGAUCUUGUGUUUGACAAGUUUUAGAAUGUUUCUCUUUAUUCCUUUCAAGUUAUUUUAUAAAAGAAAAUCUGGGCACAGAACCAUUGUACAAUCACAGGGUUACCCCGGUAAUGGUGAAAGCAGUGCUGGCUAUGGCACUGUGCAUGAACCGUAGGCUGUGUUUUGGUUUGUAUGUACGGCCCAGAGUAUCCGCAAUUCAUAUUAAACUGUAUAUGCACAGGCCUGUUGUGUCAUCUCACGAGUGCUGGGCAUGCAGCAUCAGUGCAUUUUGGAGACCCUCUAUCUCUCUCUAGUUAACUGUUGAAGGUUACUUAAGAAUUGUACAAAAAGUCCAUUAUCCAUUUUACAAAACGCUAGACGAGUCUAAUAAAGCUGGUACCAGCCCGACUUGGUCUAAGGGGUAGAGGUAGUCAACUGAGCAAAAGUUUGGGGUCAAGGUGAGGUUGAAGAAGUCUAAUUUAGACGCGAUGGUCGGUCAGUCAGUUGGUGAGAUGGGUACGAAGAGGAUGUAUGCUGGCCCUCUGCGAGCAGCACAGUCCAAAUUUUGGCCAAGGUGAGGCUG